AACACACCAUGACCACGACCCAGCGCGCGCCCUCGGCCGACGCCAACAUCGCCGGCUCCGGCUCCAAGGGCCGCCGAGUCUCGCACACCACGCCACUCAAGGGCCGCCGCGGCAGCGGCGUCGAGAAGACUAGCGACCACAUCGUCUCGUGGCACACCUCGACGCACAGCUCGCGCGAGAACCCGAGUGCCUCGGCAGAGCAGCUCAAGGAGCAGUAUGAGCACUUCAAGAAGCUCUUUGAGCUGACGCCCGAGACGCUCACGCGCAUCACGGACCGCUUCGUGGAGACGCUGGAGCGCGGCCUGAAGAAGGAGGGCGAGACUGUGCCCAUGCUGCCCACCUACGUCUUUGGCUGGCCGACGGGCGACGAGAAGGGCUCGUACCUGGCGCUCGACCUCGGCGGCACCAACCUGCGCGUGUGCCACGUCAUCCUCAAGGGCGGCGGUCAGUUCGAGGUCACGCAGACCAAGUUCCGCCUCACCGAGGAGCAGAAGCAGAUCGAGGGCCAGGAGCUCUUUGACUUCUGCGCCGACUGCCUCAACACGUUCAUCUCGGACCACUUUGGCGGCCCGGACGGCACGGUGCACCUCGAGGAGGACAUUGCGCUCGGCUUCACGUUCAGCUACCCGAUGGAGCAGGACAAGAUCGACCACGGCAAGCUGGUGCGCUGGACCAAGGGCUUCGGCAACCCCAACACCGAGGGCAACGACUGCGCGGCCAUGUUCCGCAAGAGUCUGGAGAAGUACGAGGUGCCGAUCAAGAUGACGUCGCUCAUCAACGACACGACGGGCACGCUCAUCGCCUCGAACUACGUGCGCAACAAGACGAAGAUCGCCUGCAUCUUCGGCACGGGCUGCAAUGCCGCCUACAUGGAGCACAUCUCGAACAUCCCCAAGAUCGACCACCACGGCCUGCCGGGCGACCGGGACAUGGCGAUCAACUGCGAGUACGGCGCCUUCGACUCGUUCGAGCACAAGCACAUGGCCGACAUCCGGACGAAGUACGACGAGUACAUUGACCUGCACAGCAACAAGCCGCACGAGCAGUCGUACGAGAAGAUGAUUGCCGGCCUGUACCUCGGCGAGAUCUUCCGCCUCGUCAUGUGCGACCUCGUCGACGAGGGCGUGCUCUUCCUCGGCCAGAACACGUACAAGAUCGAGAAGCCAAACGUCUUCGACACGGCCUUCCUCUCGCUCAUCGAGUCGGACCCGACCGACGAGCUGCUGACGGUGACGGGCCUCUUUGCGCACUUCUUCGGCCUCGAGACGACGAUGGAGGAGCGCAAGUUCUUCCGGCAGCUCGCCGAGCUCAUCGGCACGCGCGCCGCGCGCCUCUCGUCGUGCGGCAUUGCGGCCAUCGCGCGCAAGAUGGGCUACGAGAAGGAGGGAUGCGAGGUCGGCGCCGACGGCUCGCUGUACUCGAAAUACCCGCACUUUGCCGACCGCCUGCACGAGGCGCUGCGCGACCAAUUCGGCAAGGACUGCAAGAUUCACAGCCACCAGGCCGAGGACGGCAGCGGUGUCGGCUCUGCGAUCAUUGCGUGCAUGACCCUGCUGCGUCGCGAGAAGGGCGAGUUCGACCACGUCUAA